AGACGUCCCACCCACCCAUCCAUCCAACCAAAACCCCAACUGAACCAACUAAUGCACGCAAAGCGCACGCACACAUUAUACAACCACCAACGAACGAAAACAAAUCCACUUGGCUACCGCUUGGCUACCGCUGGCGCGAUAGAAACGGGGCGGUUAACCAGACCGGACGGUGGCGUUCUUCGCUGGGUCACUUGUGGCUCGAGGCGAGGCGCGAGGCGCGAGGCGUUUAGCAGAAGCAGUUCCUUCGUUUCGGGCCUGGUUCUUGAGGUCGUUGGGUUGGGGGGGGGUAGUGUCAUUCAGUCAUUCAGUCAGUCCGGCAGGCGGCGCGCAUACUCAUGCGCGUGUUGCAUGUUGCAUGAUGAUGGGCAUUGCACUACCGUGGGCCGGCCGCUACACGAACGCUACGCUACUUGCUACGCUGUGCUAUCGUUUUUUUUUAAUUCUUCUCUUUUCUGCUCUAGGACUUGA